GGAGCAGGCUGUGUGGCUGCUGGGUCUCCUGUGUCUGCAGGUCUGUCUGCUCUCCACCACGGCCCUCCCUGGACCAGACAGACAGACAGCAGCCUUGCAAACCAACCAAGCCAUGGAAGGCUCAUCUCCAGUCAUCCCAGGAUCACUAUCGCAGAGUUCAAGGACUAAGAGGCAGACUGAAGCCAAGGGCAAAUGCAAGAACGGUUGUCACUCUCACAUAGGAGCCAUGAGUGGACUCUCCAGGAUGCCUAGACCCCCUCCCAGUUGGAAUUCAUCGGAUAAAAAGCAGGAGAAAGAAAGGAGUGAAUGCAAGAAAAAUAGAGAAAUGUGUCGCUCCCAUAUAGGAGGCAUGGGAGUCAUUAGUGGUCCUCCGGGCCCAGUAGGGGACACACCACCAUUCCUGCCGCCGAGACCUUAUCCUCCUCCUCCUCCUCCAUUUCAGGAGAGAAACAAACAAAACAGUGAAGAAGCAUACUGUUAAAUGAAUCACUGUCAAUAAAUUGUAUUUUAUAUGCAGCUGUCAAAGAAGCCCUGACUUUGUGAUCAGUUACCAUUAUUUGAUAGGAAUCCCUGUGCCUGUUUCCACUCUCCAUUCCCCUCCACUCUCCAUUCAGGUGGUCCUCU